GGGGCUGAAAAAAGCCAUUUUCUGGCGCUGCUGCAAAUUCUGUCCAAGUCCAAACACUUCACCUGGAUCCGGGCCGGAGGAGAGCAGAACUUUUCCCUGAGAUCAGGUCUGUCCAGAUGGAGAAAAUGCAGCCGAACCGGGUCAAAAUCACAGACCUGAAUCCGCACCUCACCUGCCCGCUGUGCGCCGGAUACCUGAUUGAUGCUACAACCAUCGUAGAGUGCCUGCACUCCUUUUGUAAAACUUGCAUCGUUGCCUUCCUUGAGACGAAUAAGUUCUGUCCUCGAUGUGACGUCCAGGUUCACAAGACGUGUCCACAGCUCAGCAUCAGAGCGGAUAAAACUCUACAAGAUAUCGUUUAUAAGCUUGUUCCGGGGUUAUUCAAAGAUGAGAUGAAGCGGAGGCGGGACUUUUACGCAGAGAACCGAGUGCUGGAACCGGGGGAAGUGGUGGAGACGUUUAACAUAGCAGAGGAUGAAAUCAUCAGUCUGUCCAUACAGUUCUACGAGAGGAACAAAAAUAACGAGAGGCAGCACUCGGAGCUGGAGGGAGACAAGUCCAACGGUAAACGCUUCCUGCAGUGCCCAGCAGCCAUGUCCGUCAUGCACUUAGCAAAGUUCCUCCGGAGCAAGAUGGAUAUACCCAACAACUACCGGGUGGAGGUUUUGUACGGAGACGAGCCCUUGAAGGAUUACUACACACUAAUGGACAUCGCCUACUUCUACGAGUGGAGACGGACCGGACCCAUCCCGCUGCAGUACCUGGUCAAACCCACCCGGAAGCGCCGGAGGCCGUCCCAGUCGGCCGCCCAGGGCCACUCGGACGGCGUCAACACCAGCCCGACGUCGGAGAGCGACUCCCAGAGCGACAAGGUCCACAGUCCGGCCGCCGCCCAGCCGCCCCGCUCCUCCUCCUCCUCCCAGCCCAGCCCCGCCUCCCACAGCCUCCCGCCGGCCACCCAAAGCUCCAACGGUACCACUGUGCCCAGCAACUCUCAGCGACACUCCCUCGCCUCCAAACAGGGCGCCGCUCGCAAGGUGACUGUGAACGGCACCGGCUCCGGCAAGGAGGAGGCGAGGGGCGGCGACAAAAGCGGACCUACGACCUAACGGGGGAGCUGCGGCGGCGGCGACGAGGGAGGACAGUGUUUGAAAAAUUGCUCCCUCUUUUUUUUGUUUCUUCCGCGAGCUCGAAAGCCUUCGACCCUCCUGGAGGCGGAUUUUACUGUUUUCUUUCAGCAGGAAAAGACUGAAGAGUGCAGCCAAAUAGACACUUGUAUGUAUGUUUGUGUGUGCGUGUGUGUGUGUGUGUGCGUGUGCGUGUGUGUGUUUGUGUGUGUUAGACUAGAAACCAGUGCACACAUACAGACUGUACAGUAUGUAUCAAAUGUGAGCAUGUGUGCAUACAUAUGUAUAAACUUAUCUUUUAUACAAGAUAUUGUAAUCGUUUUGUAUUGUAUAUGCAGUGGGUCUGUUUUCAUUUCCUCGUAGCUCCGUAGACGUUUUUGUUUUUAUUUGGCCUCCGUGAAAAACUUGAGACGACAAAAACGCUGAGAGGCGCCGCGGUGCGACUCGCCGCACAAGUCGGAUGUAAAGAAGAAGAAGAAGAAAAAAAAUCCUUGCCUUUAAAAAAAAAA